AACUAGAAAACAACCUUUUUGGAACAGAAUGCCGCCUUAUCAGCGCUGUGGGGAGAUAGUUUUGCUGAAGAAGCGGCAGACGAAUGCCUUUGCCUUCCAGUGCAUCUACUGUCGGGACGAGAAGCUGGCCAAUACACUCAAAGACUUUAAGUCGCAUCUGGCAUCGAAGCACGCGGAACUGUUUGAUGAUGAGGAGUCUGCACAGACAGCCAGGGAAUCAUCGCUGCGUAGUAGGGUCAGCAAAAAGCAGGCCGUAGAGGCAUCUUUGGCUACCGUGAAAGUGGAAUCUCUGGACGCAGAACAGCUAGUUGAUGAUCCUCUUCCUGAUGCUGAAAAUCCGCUGUUUGAUUCUGAUGAUCCUCUUCAUGUUGCCGGUGAUGCUUCUGUAGAUUGCUUGGCGCCAGAGACAAUGUUGGACUGGCCAAGCAGCGAUAGCCAGAGCACCACACUGGAGUUCCUGGAGUCGUGCAAUGAGGCGGCAGACCCAACAGACACAACAAUCACAGUCACGGACACCUCGUUCUUCUGGAUGCAGGAGCACCCCAUCAUGCUGGCCUUCAUUGGGCAGCUGGAGGAGCAUCGCCUGCUCUGGGACUUAGGGAUGCUGGCCCACCGCAACUACAAGCGUCGCAGCGAAGCCUGCGCGAUGAUCGCGGAGCAGUUGAACUCCCAGUUCGGUCUGCAGUUUACGGGCGAGGAGGUGGCCGGUCACGCCAAGAGGCUGCAGACUGUCUACCGGCGGGAAAAGCAGCGUCUGGAACAGGAGAUGGCCCAGGGAUCGCCCACGACCCCACAUUGGUACUACGAUAGGUUGGGCUUCCUGGCAAAGAGUUUGCACCGAAAGCGACAUCCCAAGAUGUUGGGGGCUGCCCGGCCCGUGCCCCACCUGAACCAUCAGCAAUGCCUGAAGCUCAUUGACCUCUACCGGCAGUGCAGCGGCACCUGGGACAUGCAGGACCUGUCCUGCCGCCUGCGUCACAUGCGACACGCGGCCAAGGAUAAGUUGCUGGCGCUGUGCCGCGUCGAGCUUCAGAUUCCCUCGCUGGAGCCCUCGCUGCUGCAGCGCUACACCCGAAACCUACGCAACGCCUACCAGCAGGAGAAGAUGCGGCGCAUACAGUGCGAGCGGGAGAGUGGCGGCGGCGUAGCCUUCACUCCCCGUUGCCGCUACUACGCGCAGCUGCGGUUCCUCGAGCCACACGUCGCCCCCUUCCAGUGUGAUCUGUGCGAGCAGCUGCUGAAUAGCGUGGACGUCUACAAAGUCCACCGGGCCGGGCACGACGGCAGCCUGCCGUUCGUGUGCCCCACCUGCGGCAGGGGCUUCUCGCGGAGCGGCAACUGCACGAUCCACCUGCGCCGGCACACGCACGACUACCAGCUGGGCUGCGAGGAUUGCGGCAAGCGGUUCGCCACCACCUCGGACCUGCAGGUCCACCGACGCUCGCACACCGGCGAGAGGCCCUUCUGCUGCGACAUCUGUGGGAAGCGCUUCAGCACCAGGUCGUUCUUCGAGCGGCAUAAGCGGCGGCACGAUCAGCGGCCACGCGGCAAGUGCCACAUCUGCGACAAAAGCUUCUUCGAGCAGUCCGUACUGAACAAUCACAUCAAGGGGCAUCUGAAAGUGCGCGACAAGGAGUGCGACAUCUGCCACAAGACAUUUACCAGCUGCAAGUACCUGCGCCAGCACAAGGAGAUUCACAAUCCCCAGAAGCGAUACAUCUGCAAGAUCUGCACCAAGGGCUUUGCCCAAUACGCCGGCCUCAGCGGGCACAUGAAGUCACAUGGUCGGACAGCGGCACUUCUGCCUGAUCCCAAAACUAUGCUAGCAAUCCCAUCGUCAACGUCAUAGAUAGAAUACUGUCGCUGUUACGAGACCCCCAGACCCACUGCCAGUCCCAGACCCAGACCCAUUCACGGAACCGAACAAAGCGAAGCAAACAGGCCACAGGGAAGGGUUGUUAGUGGAUCCCUAUCCCCCCCCUGCCCCCAAGUGGUGGCAGCCUUUCAGCUGAUUAUCGGCAACUAGUUUUAUUUUUAUAUGCAUUUUGUAUAUAUUUUAGCAUUUGUGUGGCUCUACAGCUCUCGGCGCGGCCUUUAUCUUAUCAUUCGCGCCCUAGAACUGCCUCCAACUGGCAGCAAGUGGGCAAGGGGACGGGCCGGACCGAUAAGAGAGAGUUUUUAAAAGAGAAUUCCAAUUGUUCGCUCGCCCCCGUCAGUCGGAAAUUAGAGCUGCCUGAGCAUUGUCCACCCAUCCGUGACCGUCAGCGAUCGUCAGCGUAAUACGACACCCAACUGCGAGGCGCAGAUCGGGAGGAACAGCCAACGGAUAGAGGUACUUGAGAAGCAAGCGGAAGGAGGUGGGUGUCGUGUGUGUACAGGCUACAGGGCUAAAGGCCUAAAGAGCACAGACUACAGUGAGCACUCUCCGAUGUGGAAAUACCCCGCCGAUAUGCGCGCUAUCUUCCAUUCCAUUCCAUUCAAUAGUCAUAAACUAAUUAUACGCA